AUGGCGGCCGAGGGCCAGAAGAGGCGCGCCCGGGCGCCCGACGAGUGGGAGCUGGAGAGGCCGGCCGCCGCGCAGGUGUCCCGGAGCCGGGAGCGCUCGGCCUCGCGGGGCGGCGCCUACCCGCAGAAGAGCGCGGAGAUCCUGAGCAGCCAGUACGGGCUGAACCUCUUCCUGGCCGGCCUGGUGCUGAUGUUCGCGUGGGCCGUGCACGCCGCCGGCCUGGCCAAGAGCGCCGUCCUCGCCUACCUGGUCACGCUCAUGCUGCUGCAGCUCCUCUGGAUGGCCUGGUACGGCUGCCGCCGCUACGCCCACAAGCGCCUCAUCCAGGAGAAGGACACCCACGCCGGCGCCCGCUGGCUCAAGUGUGGGAUUACUUUGUUUGCAAUGAUUACUUUAAUUAUGGACUCUUUCAAAAUUGGAUACUUCGUGGGAUAUUCAGAUUGCUUAUCAAUCGCAGAAGGCAUUUUCCCUGUGACACAUGCUGUGCAUACGCUUGUGCAGGUGUAUUUCUUAUGGUGCCAUGCAAAGGACAUUAUCCAGUCUUUCAAAACACUGGAAAGGUUUGGAGUGAUCCAUUCAGUGUUCACAAAUUUGCUUCUGUGGACAAAUGCCGUCUUAGCAGAAUCGAAACAUCAACUCAAUGAGCACAAGGAAAGGCUAAUUACUCUGGGGUUUGGGAAUAUCUCCAUAGAGUUGGAUGACCAUGCACCACAGUGCAAUUGUACCAUUCCAUCUCUCUGCUCCAUAUUUUCUCAAGGGAUAUACUACUUGUACCCUUUCAACAUAGAGUAUCACAUCUUAGCCUCCACAGUGCUGUAUGUGCUCUGGAAGAACAUUGGGCGCAACAUAGAGCACCUUCAGCAUCACAAGGUACCCUUCAGAUUUCAAGGCAAAACACUCGGCACCAUUGUAGGAAUGGUUGUGUUUGCCACCACCAUUGCCAUUGUCGUAGUGUACUUGAUUCAGAUUGGACGUUCCAAGCUAAAGAGUGAGAUUGCACUGAUGAUGUUUUACCUGUAUGCAAUCAUUGUACUGACCCUGAUGUGUGUGGCUGGAAUUGUCGCUCUGCUGAUCUAUAGACUUGAAGGUAGAUCACUGGACGUUUCCAAAAACCCAGCCAGAAAACUUGAUGGGGACCUUCUUGUUGGAACGGCUUCAGGAUCCUGGCUCCUUUCUUGGGGCUCCAUCUUGGCAAUUAUCUGUGCUGAAACCCACCCUGCAUAUGCAUGGUACAACCUGCCUUAUUCCAUAUUAGUUAUCAUUGAGAAAUAUGUCCAGAACCUGUUUAUAAUUGAAUCAAUACAUCGUGAACAUGAAAAGGGUCACGAUGACAUCAAAACUCUUCGGAUACUAACAGUGUCCAAUGGGAGCACUCUUUCUCCUGCACCUUCUUACAAAGAAAUCUAUAAUGGGACCAAUGGCAUUCACAAUGGAGAGUUCCCCCCGUGCAAGUUCAACGGCAGUGUUUUUCUGCCUGAGAGUAACGGCGCUGGCACUCUGGAUGAAGAAAAGGGGGAAACCUGCAAAGCUUUCCCUCCUUCUCCAUCGGAUUCCUCACACUACAGAAGAAACUUCACACUCAACAAACGGCGCAUCCUGAAGAAUGUGGCAGCUUUUCUGUUCCUUUGCAAUCUGUCGCUUUGGAUCCCAGCAGCUUUCGGCUGCCGUCCUGAGUAUGAUAAUGGACUGGAAGAAAUGGUUUUUGGAUUUGAGCCUUGGAUCAUCAUUGUUAACCUUGCCAUGCCCUUUUCCAUUUUUUAUCGGAUGCAUUCAGCUGCCUCACUCUUUGAGGUCAGUUGCAUCACGUGAACUUCACAGGCACAGAACAUGACCCCUGAAGGCAGGGAUGGAGGCUCCGUCAGCUGCUUGACCAAAGCAACAUG